AUGGCAGAACUCUCUAUAACCCCAAAGAGUAGUACAAAAAAUAUACUACCAAAUUUAUAUGAAAAAAUCAAAACUGAAUCCAGAGAAAGAAAGAGAAAUAUAAUGUAUCUGAUACACAAUUUCCUACGAGAAAACAAACUCAACAAUACUGCCCAAGCGCUGGAAGAAGAGGCACAACUCAUCAAGGAAUAUCAAGUUUGUGAAAAUAUCGACUUGGAAAUAAUCCUACAAGAAUAUCUCAAUUAUUACCACACAAAGUUUCAAAAGUAUCCGAAGAUAGUGAGAAAAAUGGACGAAACUACAAUUCCUACUAAUUUUCAAAAACCAAAAAGCAGUGCUAAAUGUAAACCCAAGAUAAAUAAAGAAAAACUCACGAGUCAAGAGGAAACUGAGGAUUUCUCCUUUGAAAUCACAUCUCUUUCAAAUGAAAAACCAACAACGAAUAAAUUACAAAAUACGGAAGACAAAUGUUUACAUGACAUUGAAAACUAUUCCAACGAAUGGAAGGAAAUGGCCGACGAUAUAAUGAAAAAUUUUAUACCGAAGAGAGCAGACGUUUCCUGGGACGAUUGCCUAGGCCUCAGCAAUACUGCCGAAAAACUGAAAGAAGCUACAAUAUACCCGUUACUCUACCCAGACCUCUUCAAAGACUUGCCAACAUGGAAAGGAGUCCUAUUAUUCGGCCCCCCAGGUACCGGAAAAACAUUGCUCGCCACAGCCCUAGCAUCAGAGGGAUCAACGUUCAUAAACGUGUCCAGCAGCACUUUCAUAAGCAAAUGGCGGGGCGAAUCAGAGAAAAUGAUCAAGGUCAUGUUCGACUUGGCCAGAAAAUUUGCACCGACCACCAUAUUCAUCGAUGAAGUAGAUGCACUAGCCUUAUCCGGUACGAUAUCACAGCACGAAGCGUCACGACGUUUCAAAAGUGAGUUACUCACGCAAAUAGACGGUAUUCAAAGUACCGAAUCGAACAUUUUCAUACUGGGAAGUACCAACAGCCCAUGGAACAUCGACCCAGCUCUGCUCAGAAGGUUCGAGAAAAGGAUAUUCGUGCCAUUACCGAAUAAAAGCGUUAGAUAUGAACUACUCAAACACUAUUUGAACCAUCCCAACGACAUCAAAGAAAAGGAGUUACACGUCGUGGCUCAAGAUACUAAUGACUUUUCCGGAUCGGAUAUAAGGGCCUUGUGUAAAGAGGCAUCGAUGAGUGUUGUGAGGGAGAAAAUAAAGGAGAUAAAUUCGAGAGCAGCUGUCAAAUCUGAAAUGGGACUUAGAAAGCUGACCAUCACCGAUGUGGAAAAGGCCCUGGAGAAAAUUACAUCCACUAACAAGGGAGACGAUAAUGCGAAAUAUAUUGACUGGAACGCAAAAUUUGGAUCAUGGUGA